GUCCACGCCGUAGUCCCAUGCUGGUCUAGAGGAGGCUGGAUGAAUGAGGUAAAGUUUGGAAAGCAGCGCGUAUAACGUGCAGUUUUCUACCUUUAAGAUGGUAGGACAGUAUUUUUUUCGUUUUGAGCCAGACAUAAUGUAAUAAAAUCUAUUUUAUUGCCACUCGUACAUCUCUGCUGAUCAGCAUUAGCUGUGAUGUUGAUAACGGUCUGUGUUUCAUAGAUACUUUUAGCCGCCGCAGCUAACCAAGUUAGACCACUCGGUUGAGUUUGUAACAAAUUGAAAGUAGAUGUGGAUUAUGCGGUGUGAGAUCCAACGACAUGUUUAUCUUUUAGUAGUUACGUGGCAGCUCUUUAGUACGACACGUAUGCAGGGUUCAGAAUCACAACUAGCUGGGGAGAAGGUGACGAAGCGAAAGAACCUCAUUUGAAAAACGGCCAACUUAAUAUUUAUACAGUCAUUUCAGACAUAUGGCGUUUUGGAGAAUGACUUGAUGUUAAUUUAUUAUAAAAGGUGAAAGUAUAUUUCAAAUCGGCAUAGGUAUAAUCUAACAAAACGUACUAAUUUAAUAACGAAACAAAGUAAAUGCACCCUCAUCUUAUUCGAUUAUGUGACAUCCCGAUCAGUUCAAUGAUGUUCCUCACAGCUCUUCGAUUUACACUCAGAUAUAUUUGAAAUUAAGGGAUAACGUUGUCACAUUUUAAAGUUAAGUUUUUCAUCAGAGAGAUAAUCAGCGUCAGCAUCACCAUUUGCUUGAGAUCACUCGACGAAAUGAAGAAACCCCGUUUGAAAAUUGUCCAACUUUAUACUUACUUACGUCUUAUAGAAAGAUUACUGAGGACAAAUUAUAGCUUAAAGUAUUUUUUUGAUAAAUUAGACAGCAUGCUUUAAUUUGGCAUACAUAUAAACUACCAAAUUCCAAGAUUGAUAAAAUAACAUGAAAAUAUCUGAGAUACCUUUGUCUUGCUUGUUUAUGUGACACCACUGUUAGCACGUUACUGUCACUCAUGGCUUUUCUAGAGAAUGACACUUUUUAAUGAUACCUUCAGCAGGACAAACUCAUCUUUGUUAUUAUUGUUUAGUUACAUAUAAUCAUAAUUAUUUUCAAGAGGUUUGGGAUAGCAGGGUCUGCUCAAGGGUUUCAUUUGUGUUAUGAUGCUCCAAAUAUUUUUAAUGUGUGACAAGUCAGGACUGCAGGCAGGUCAGUUUAUCAGCAUCUUCUACUACAGAGUCAUGCUGUUGUAAUCCCUGUUGUCAGAAUGUGGUUCGUCAUUGUUUUGUUGAAAUAUGAAGGUCUUCCCUAAAAAAGUCAUUGUCUGGAUGGCAGCAGAUGUUCCUCCUAAACUUGUAAAUAUUGUUCAGCAUUAAUGGAGCCUUCACAGAUGUGGAAAAUACCCAUGAAAUGGACUCUGGUGAUCCUCAUAACAUCAAGGAGGCUGGACUUGGACUUGGAGCUGAUAAUUAGACAUUUAGUCCCUGUCCUUACUUUUUGAGCAGUGUUCAAGAUUUCGAGAACAAAUGCAAAGAUUUGAUUUGAAAGAUGAGAUGGCAGUUUUCCUCUUCCCCUCAUUCAAACUUAAUGGGCUUAGAUCCAGAGAAGUCUCUGGUGUUUCUUGAUCCUGUUUCUAUCCGGUUUCCUCUUUGCAUGGUUCAGUUUUAACCUCACUUGUGGAUGCAGUGAUGAGAUGUGUUCACAGACAAUGUUUUUGGGGGUGAUUUUGAGCGCAUGCAGUGAUUUCUACUUCAGAGUUCUGUCUGUUUUUAAUGCUGUACUGUCAAGGGCCUGAAAAUAGCAUUACACAACCCGUUCGGUUGUCUCUCUAUAACAACUUUUUACCUGUUUCGUUGUUUUUCUUAGAACAUUUUUAGAAACAUUUUGCUGCCCCACAAUUUAAAAUGAGCCGAAGUUUUUAUAAAAUAAAUAAUUUACCAACAACUUACAUUGACAACAACUGAAAAUAAGAUAAACAGGUAACAAUUUGUGCUCUUAUGAUUUCAGUCCUUUCAAUAUGUUCAUGAAACAGUGCAUGUUGUACUGUUUUAAGAGCCUUAAAAACCCCACGUGUGUGUCCAGCAUGUGUGUGUCGAGUGUGUGUGUGUGUGUGUGUGCUUCCUGCAGCAGCAGCAGCGAGUGUCACACAGUAAAGCCUCAGCGGUGUCAUUUCUAAAGUACUGUCGGCUCAACACUGUUCAUGCAUUGUCCUCUCUUCUAUUGCUAAUGCAGAGCUAGCAGUACAGGCAGGCUCAUAUUGUGUUGCUGUAAGGUAAAUAUGCUGCAGAAAAGACUGGAACACUUUGGUCCACUGACAGUUUUUAAAGUUAGAAGAAGCUAGAGGAUUUCAGAUAAAGAAAAAAGUAAACAUGAGGCUUUUUUUCAUGUCAUUUAAACACAACCUUGAACAGCUCACAUGUUCGUCAAACUUCUCCAAGACUCUUAAUCCAAGUGUACUCAGAAGUUUAAGGUUGAUUUACAGCCGAACCGUCUCUGAUUAAGUUUGAAUAAAGAGUAAAAAGAGCUCGAUCUGGACUGUGGAGAAAGUUUGUGGUGUAGCAGGUGUUGCUGGCUUACCUGUCCAUGUGGAGCUGACAGCACUGGGAGCCCAUGCAGAGCAAGCAGCAGCAGCAGGGUGGAUAACAGUACAGAAAAGCAGGCAGCUUAUCAGAGAGAUAACAGCAGGGGGGAGGAGGGGAUCUGUGUUUGGGGAGGGGGUGAUGGGGUGAGGCUACAAGGAUCUUGUUCCCUGUUUGACAUAUUGAAAGGACAGAUCAGUUUACAGAUGAACAGGAAGAAACUGAAAUAUUUGAACUCAGUCAAACUUUAUUUGCUGUUCUUGUCUCGAUCAUAGAUGUUUGAUUAACUGAUGAAUCGGCUGCUGCAGGUGAAAAGAAAAGUACUUUUAGCUUUGAACUCUGGUUACCUGCUGUCUUCUUCAUAAUCUUUAUUUAAGUCAUCAUCAUUUUCUUCUUCAGUUGUUUAUAAAUCACUUUUAAAUUUAGUUGUCUUUCUCUGUCGAAUAGCAGAUAAUGUCCUGUUUUCCUGUUUGAAAUAAGCUGCUGAUAUGAUAUGUAAAGUUUUUCUCGUCCUCAAAGUUGUCGACUAGAUUUUUCUUUUUCAGUUCAGUCCUUGCAACUCAAAGCUAAUGAGUUAUCCUUCUCAUUUUUUCUCUGUCAUCACCUUUGUCAUCUUUUUUUGUCCUCUUUUCUCUUGUCUUUGUCUGAAACCAUCCUUUCAGAGCUCCUGACUUUCAUGUCUUCACCUCCGUGGAGUUCAGACCUCAGACAGCUGGUCUCCAGCAUCUGUGUGGCACACUCUCAGGUGUAAAGAGAGACCACCUGAGCUGGUCCACUUGUCUGCUCAGCAGGCUGUGACUCAGUCAGUGGGCUGGUACGUGGAUGUCUGCUGAAUAAUUGAAGCUGAAAUAAUGUUGUGGCUGCAGGCCAAUAAUCUGAUAACACAGAGCAGGGAUCAGUUUCAAAGGAUUAGAGUCGAAAAACCUCUGAGCUGGGCUGCUGCUGCUGCAGGUAUGUUUGCUCUGUUACAGGUGCGCAGCAACAGGUGGCUGCGUCGCUCAGGGUUUGGUUUCAAAGAUCUGCUGAUGUGUGGUAAUCUAGAGUUUUGAAAGUACUGUACAAAGUUUCUUCAAGGUUUGUGCAAUUUUAUUGAUACUAAUUCUGCUUUUUAAUACAAGUAUCUAUCAAUCUCCUGAUUAAAUCCUGUGGAUUUUCCAUGCAGACAAAAAUUUGUCUUAUUCAGGUUUUCUGUGUCAAAUCUUAUCCUGAGAUUGAUCACCUUCAAUACUCUGCUAAAAUGGGGAACCUGGCUCCUGACUGAGCCUUUACAGGUCCCCUUAUCGCAGAUACAGCCUCUGAUUGGUCAACAGUCCAAACAAAGAUGGCAGCCUCCAUCAAGUAAAGUCAGCCGACAACAGUAAUGACACUUUUGCUAAAGUUAACCCUCGAAUCAACAAGAUUAGCGUCAUUGAUAAGUGAUUGAAUUUGGACAGUCUCUGAAAAUACACAGAUCUUCUCUGUGGGGUAGAAAAGCUUCCGAUUAUUCAAAAAAAAAAAAAAGAAAACUGUCGGUCUCACGAAGCAAGUGGAUUUUACAUUAUCUCUGUAUGUUGUCUGCUUGUAUUGAUUUCAUAAAUGUAAUAAUAUUUGGUUUUACUCCAGCUGUUUGGACUGCUUUUGUCUUCUACCCACCAUGAUUACUUCCCUGGUUGUUUGUGCCAUUGUUUGUGUAACUAACGAAAUGGAAGGUAUAAAUCAGAGGACCUUUAAAGCUUCAUAACAAAUGGCGCUAACAAAUCAAGCUAGUUGGAACCAGUUCUGAUCUAAAACUGGUUUUAAUUUCCAUCCCUGCCGUUCUGAUUGGGUUAUUCUUUUCUCGUGCUGUUAGAAAAAUAGGAACUGUCAGUAUUUUAAUUAAAAGUGUCUUUUCAGGUGUGACCAGCAGACAUGGCGGAGAGUCUGCAGAUACGGUUUGAUUUCCACAGCCCCGUCAUACAAGCUCAGGUCAGUUCCUGGCUCAUAAGCUUCCCUCCAGUUCCUAAUCCUAGUUUGGGGUACUGUUGACUGAGUAGAGCUGGGCGAUAAACAGAAAAUUUAACCUAUACCAAAAUUUACAACAAUAACCAAUGUCAUUUUGCCCAUAUCGGUUUAUUCUGCGUUAAAAAAUAAUUAAAUAAAAGUUGGUUUUAGAUGUGUCUAUGUACGCUAUGGUCGUAUGUCCCUAUAAGACGCUGUCUAUGUCAGAGACGUGACUCCACCUCAUCCAGUCUGUAAUAAAGAGGGAAAGACAGGUGAGGAGAUGGAGGACGGUUCAAAAGUUGUAGCGGCUGGAGUAGCAGCUGAAGUAAACAAAGUUAACGUGGGAGGGGGUGAGCAGCUUGUGGAGUAGUUACUGUCCAUUUAUUGUAAUCGAGGUGAACUGCUCAAUAUGUCGUGAUAUUGAUUAGAGGCCAUAUCACCCAGCCCUAUUACUGAGUAUUAGCUCUUUAUAAUGAACUUAAUACAUAACUCAGUGUCCUCUUUUAAAACUUUUCUGAAGUCUUUUUUUUAUAUUGUUUUUCUAAAAGUUUCCCUUUUGUCUUUCCCAGACGGUGAGAAAUCUUGUUGCUGCUGUGCUGAAGGAGAAAGGAUCAAACAGGCAGAUCUCACAGUCCUCCACACAGGUGGGUCACGCAUGGAAGUACUUAGUCUGAGUGAACGCGCCUGUUAUAGGACAACUGAACCUGCUGAGGUGCCUCAUCCAGGUGUGACUCAGCUGAUGCAGUGAAUAUGAUGUUUGAGAUAGAGAUAGUCUGCCAGACUGAAUAAACUAGUCAGAACAGCCCUUUUUAGAAACUUCUCAGUGCAUGAUGAGAACUGAGUCUAUAUUGGUGCUAAACAAACAAAACUCCAGACUUACAAAAGAGAGAAGAGAUCUGACUCUCACAGGGCUGUGAAAUUGAUUUCUUUUCAUUCAAAGCACAAAAAAGUGAUGCCAGUGUGAAACCUGCAGACUUUAAAGCUGAACUGACUUUAUUGGAGAAAACCAGUGACUCAUGGAACAAAAACAAAACCAUCUUCUAAAGUGUCACGUUAAAUCUCAAUCUCUACCUAGAUCUUAAGUUGUGUUGUUGUUGUGUAUCAGGGUCCAGCGUUGGAGGUUCUGUGGCAGCAGUGCUGCUCUGACUCUGCUCUAGUGCGUUCGGCCUGCUGUGAUGCCGUGGUGCUGCUCGUGGAUCAGGGCCAUGCUGACCUGCAGCACAUCCUCAACAGUGUCCUCAACCUGCUGCCUUCAGCCAGGUACUGUUUGGUUGUUUCUCUAUAAGAGCUUUUUACCUGUUUGGUUGUUUCCCUACAGCAACUUUUUACCUGUUUGGUUGAUCCCCUAUAAGAACUUUUUACCUGUUUGGUUGUUCCCUUACAGCAACUUUUAUCUGUUUGGUUGUUCCUCUAAGAACUUUUUACAUGUUUGGUUAUUCCUCUAAGAACUUUGUAAACAUGUUACUGGCAUCAAACUUAAAAUGAACAUGGAUGUUUCAUACCAUGAUGAAAUUUUUCUGGUUUGUUUACAUUUGAAUUGAUUUCUUGCACUUUUUUAAAAUGAACAUAGGCUUCAUGUAAUUUACUUACUGUUAAAUUCUUAUAAAUCAACAUUUUUGGACCAGGAGAAUUAAACAUUAGUGGUAUUAGUAUAUAAUCAUACAUAUAAAUAUCUCAAUUUUUCAACGGUAAUAUAUCAACAUGUACACAACAACUAUAAUUAAUACAAAUGUAUACAUCUUUUUUUAAUAUCUUUUUUAAGUUUUUUCAUUCUUUAAUUUCUCUUCUGUAUUUAUCACUGCUGUAAAUUUUGGAAUUUCCCCUUGUGGGACAAAUAAAGGAACAUCCUAUCUUAUCUUAGUCUUAGUUGUUCCUAAUUGUGGUUCUAAAUGCACACCAAAAGUUUUUAAACAGCCCCUGUUGAUUUCUUUAGAAGUUAUCUUCAGUAAAAUAAGAAACGACCUGCAGUUAUUCUUCAGGAACGGAGCAGUCAGAUGCUGCGUCAUUCAUUCACACUGAGUGAAUGAAGACCAGCACAGACACAUGGUGUGGCAGAGGCGGGGCGUGUUGUGUCGGUCACCUUCAUACAGACACAUAAUUCAAUGUUUAGUAAUAGGACACUGGCACCCUGUCCUUGUCCUCUCUGCUGACUUGGAUCCAUUAAUUCUUUUCGGAGGAAAAGGAGCCGGUCUAACAAGACGGUGACCUUUUCCGCUCGCCGUCCUAUGACUCAUGAGGAAAACGGAAAACACUGAGUCAGCAUUUUCGGCGACCUUUCUGGAAAAGAUUAGAGUGACGAAAAUAACUGGCCGAUGUUUUGACACGAACAAUAGAUUAAGUGACAAGGCGUAAUGUGAAAAGAGUCCACAGAGAUCCAUCAUAGCCGUGAGAAUCGACGAAACUCUGAAGAGGAUUUUGAGUCAUUGUUCUGGUCCCAUAGACCAAGAUAAUCUGUUUCAGGAUUUAUGUUCCAUGUUGUGUUCAAACCCUUUUUUUCUGCCUACAUGUAGCCCCCCAAAUUUGUCAUACACAUCUGCAAAUUUAAAUUUAAAAGCGGCAAAAUACGACUAGAGCUGGGUCCGAUUUAAAGGUUUUUGAUGCUUGAUUGCAUGUUUUUGACUUUGAGGUACAUAUAAAACCUGGAAAGAGAAACAGAUCUUUAAAAAAUUGACACAACUCUACACUUGAGAUGUACUAUGAUUGUUUCUUUACAUGCACCUUGUUUUAUUUUAACUUGUUUUUGGAGCAGGAACUUCCAGGGGCUGGUUAAGGUGGUUGGACGGCUCCUACAGAUGCAGGCAGACCAGAGAGACAGAGGAACAGUUUUCACCUGCCCAUACUCUAUCAGGUCAGACAUACCUUAUAAUGAAUUUUCUGUUGUUGUCUGCUGUAAAAAGAGGUAUUCCAACAAGGGUACCUCACGAUUCAAUUUGAUUAUGGGAGCUUUGAUUCUUCGAUUAUAAUGAUUGUUGAUUUGAUUUGAUUAUUGGUGCCAUGAUUCUUCAAUUAUUGCCAUUUUUAAUACUUUUUUCCAUAAAGAGAUUGAUUUUGUCUUCUUUGUCUGUGGCUACAUUUGUAAAUAAAUAGCCUAUCAAUUAACUCAGUUCCUCAAAAAACUGGGAAGCUCAGCGACAAUCUCCAGGAUGGUCUUCUGUGUGACGGACACGACCAGAGGAGCCGUCUCUGUUUCAGGAUGAAAGCGUACAAGGUGCUGCUUCAUGUUUUUGGUGUUGCCCAGGUACUUUAUUUUUGCUUUGCAAAUCUUGUAAAUUGCGUAGGUCUUGUCAGUCGUCUUGUUUGCUCUCUCAUAAAAUUCAAAGUACUUCCACACGGUUGCAGUCAACCCCUAUGGUGAGAGAAUUGGCUGCUCUUUGGAGGCUGCUGAAGCUGUUGCCAUUUUGCAAAGAAACUAACAUGCUCUGCUUGUUUUGGUCCCACUCACUAAACAGUUUGGCGGCGCGCGCGUUAAGGUUCCAGUUACGCGUUUUUUCGUUCCGGCCUUGCGGCAAAACAUCGACAUUAUUAUCUAUUUAUUUAUUUUUUAAGCAUCGACUUGGGAGUGGGAGCAAUGAAUUGAUGCCAAAUCGUCACGUGAAGCAUCAUGAUGCAUUGACACAUUGAUGAAUUGCAUGAAUUGCAAGUCAUUAAGACCCCAACAUGCCAAAAAUAGGGGUCAGGUUUACAGCAAGAUACCCUUAAUUUGAAAAGGAUUGCAAAGGUUCAAAAUAGGCUGAAUAACAGUGACAUUGACUCAUGAUGAUGUUCCUGGUUAUCAUUUCUCUGUACCUGAGCAGGAAACUCAGACUCAAUAAGCAUAGUGUAAAAGACUAAAACCACAUGAGAAAGGAGCCGGUGUUACGGUCUGGACCUUCCCUGAUCCUGCUGGGGCCUGAAGUGGCUCAGAGUCUCUGCAGCAGAUUGCAGCGGGCCGCGGUGAGCAGACGGUCAACAAUGGGCACCAGUGUGCAUCCUCCAUUAAUCCCGCUGCAUUUACAGUUACCCAGCGGUGCCAGGGCCCGGCAACCAAUGACAGGCCAUUCCUGCCAGGCCAACGGCGCCACCCUGCUGCCCUCGACACAUUCAUCUUCACACCGGGGAGGUUUAAUACUGCCAGACAGACGCAGACAGAAGAGACAGGGAUGAAGACAAGAAAGAGAGAGACAAUGGGAAGCAAAGAGGAGAGGAAAGAGUGAACGAGAAAACAAAAAAGAAGGAGUAUGAGAAUUAAAGAGAGAAGAAAGGGAAGGAAACAUGAUGGGGAAAAAGAAAGAAGUAGUUUAGUGUUUUUAUCACCUGCUGUAACUGAUCAAGGAGGCCUCAUGAUGUUGGCAGAGGGGCAGAAAGAGAGAGAGAGGGGACGAUCAAACAGGAGGGCAGGACUACAUUAUAUCUGCUCCAGGAUAUUUAAACACUCAUCGUUUCAUCUGUGGUGUCAAAGAAGACAGAACAGAGUUUCCAGGAGUUCAUUUGAGACUUUUUGAAAGUUAUCAAGAUUAAAAAUAUUUAGCUGCUCCUAAACAAAGCUCCUUUUAUUAAUUUUAUUUAUAUAUUUCAUUGUGUAAAGGACCAAAAGAUAGAAAUAAACCUUUAACAUACCUGAAGUUCAUAUUGUUCACCUCCACUUGGUUUUGAGCAUCCUCUAAAAAGAGUCUCAGUGUUAUCGUAUCAAAGUUUAUUGUACAGUACCUUGUUGUGUUUUAUGCUACGGCAUGGAUUGGGAUCAUAUUUUAAGCAGAAAUAGGGUUCAUGUUUGAAACAGGUAUUUUCCUCUCUAGAAAGAGGACUGUUGGUGAAGAUUUGUGGAUUUUUUUAUGACCUUUGUCCGCUGUCCCGCUCCCAGGUAGUAAAUCAGGUAUAAGCCAUAAAACCAGACUUCCACUGGAGGGUUGGUGCUUCCUUUAGACCUCUCAGGAAGCCGUGGACGGAUCCUACCUGAGCCCAUCUGUCUGCCAGCACUCCGAGUCAGCUGUGAACUUGCAGUUGAACUAAAAGGAGGAAGAUCGCCGCUUGUCUUCCUGCUUCUUUCUUUGUGUGGCUGCUGAGAGUCUGGCUGAUGGAUGGGGGCUGAAUUAAAGGAGGGACGGUUGUGUGAAACCUGAGGAGGGGGGCAGAGAUGGUCAGACAGAUUAGAGCCUGAGGAAGAAUGAGGAGGAGGAGGAGGAGGAGGGACAGUCCAGGUCUGAGUGUCACUGUGGGCUUUCACAGGAUCAGACCUGCUCAGUCGAUGGCCUCCCAUCCUCCGCUUAUAUUCAUGCUGAUUGAUGGUCGGAUCAGUCAAGUGGACCUAAUGGUGAACCAUGUUAUGUUAACCUUUUGACCUGUCUGUGGGCUCAAUCUUCACAAUAUCUGGAGACUUCACCUUGGAUUUGACCUCAGUGUUUUGUCUGGACUUAAAUGGUUUCGAAUUCAGGACUAAUUAAAGGUGUCUGUCAUUAAAUGAACUCUGGGUUCAACACUUACUUUGAAGAGUCAGGUAUAUUGUUGACAGUAGCUUUUUUAAAACCAUCACAUAGAGCUGGGCGAUACGGCCCCAUAUCAAUAUAUUGAAUAGUUUACCUUGAUAACGAUAAAUGUACAAUAACUACUCCAUAAGCUGCUCAUUCCCUCCCACAUUAACAGGGAUAUUAACAUUAACAUCUUAACGGGACAUGAGACCAUAGCCUAUACACAUCCAAAAAUAAAUUUUAUUUAUUUAUUUUUUUGACACUGAAUUUAAUGAUAUGGGUAGAAUGAUGCCAGUUAUUGUCUUAAAUUUUGGUAUCAGUUAAUUUUCAGUUUAUCGACAAGCCCUAUCAUCACACACUGGGACGUAUCGUCUUGAUACUUUUCUUUGAUAUUUUCUUUCCUCUGUUACCAUAAAUUUCACCUUUUAAAAGUUAAUCCAGAUUUGUGUUUCAUCUGAGAAUUCCUGUAAAGCUACCGGGAAUCCUGAAACAGUCUCGCUCUCAUACUGACUCCUUCUUACAACCUACAGUACAUUGUAGAUGAGCCUAUCAGUGACAAGAUUUCUCUAGUCUGGAAUUUUAGUGCCUGUGUUGGGGUCAGUUUUUUAGGAAAUGAGGCCGAUCAAAAAUUUUUCACCAGACACGUCAGAUCUGCUGUUCUUAAUUGUUGUGACUAGGGCUGGGCAAUAUGGCCUCCAAUCAAUAGCACGAUAUUUUGAUAAGUUCACCUCGAUAACGAUAAAUGGACGAUAACUACUCCACAAGCUGCUCAUCCCCUCCCACAUUAACUUCGUCUACUUCAGCCGCUACAACUUUUGAGCCGUCCUCCAUCUCCUCACUUGUCUUUCCCUCUUUGUUACAGACUGGAUGGGGUGGAGUCACGUCUCUGAUGUAGGACAGCAUCUUAAAGGGACAUGAGACAAUAGCCUACCAACACACAUCCAAAACUAACUUUAAUUUAUUUAUUUAUUUACUUGACACCAGAUAUACCGUUAUGGGCAAAAUGGGCACGUCGGUUAUUGUCGUAAAUUUCGGUAUUGGUAAAUUUUUGGUUUAUCACCCAGCCCUAGUUUGGACUAGGGAAAAGGUAGAAGGUAAAACUCAUCCCACACCGUUUGUUUUGAAGGAAAAUGUUUCAUCAACUUUUGGAUAAAUUUCCAUGAAAAGUGGGUUCAGAGAUUUCCAUUCCCUGCAGGGUGAUUGCCUCAGCGCGGGCUCGGUCAUAUCUGUGUCACCUGUAUGAGAUUAAAAUCAGAACAGGUACUUCAGAUCUGUGAUUUAAACGUGGCCCUUGUUUUAAACAGGAACAGCCCUCACCCGUUCAUCACAGCUCUGGAGAACCGAGUGGACUGCUGGCCGGCUCUGCUGCUGGAGAUUGAUGAUUUCAUUCAGCAGGCUGCUGACAGGUUAGCAGAGGCCCUGAACCCUCCAUCCAAUCAGCUCCUCCCUCCUUCACUGCAUGCAUUUCAGAGCCAUCUGUGAAGAGCACCACAUGCCAAAUAACUCAUCACUCCACUGUCAGAUGUUAUUAUGCGGCGCUAAUAAAUCACAGCAUGUACAGUAUGAAUCUGGUUCUAUACUCAGAGGGAGUCUAAGGAGAUUAUACUCUGUGUGCAUUUUUAUAUAUCCUACAGAAAUGAACCAGCCUACAUCACCAUGUUAGUCCCCUUUCUGCAGUACCUGUACUGUGAACCUCAGAGACAGCCCCAGUACGCCCUCUUGAGACACAGUCUCCUCAGGGUGCUGCUGCCCAAACCUCCAGGAGCUGGAUCAGUCCUCCAGAACAAAGACCAGGACCAGGGACAGAGCUUGCCUGUGUCUGAAAGCCUGCUGCUCUGCCUCUGUCAGAUAGUGCCUCACAUGCAGGUGAAAAAAACAUCCUCAGACCCUUCAAUUCUUUUAUUUAAGGUCCUUUUUAAACCGCUACAGUGCCAAGUUUCAGUCACUUAUCCUGUUUUUGAAUCAGUUAUUGAUAAAUCUAAGAUUUCCCCCAGCUGUCAGCUUCGUAUUACAUUUGGCAUUAGCACUGUGCUUGCUCUUCCAGGUUAAACUUGGCUUAAAAAGUAAAAAUAUGCUUAUUAUGGCAGCCAGUAUUGCCAUGAGCUGAAGACCUUUUAUUGGUGCGCUGCGCAUAAAUGAUUCACCAAUCUGUCAUUGUAAUAUUCCUCAGAAGGUCUUUUUUUCUUUGCAAAUUAGCUGUAUGAGAGUAUUUUCAGCAUCAGUGUUCAUUAUCAGCCAAUUUUAGUAAGGAUGAGAUGGUGCCCAGCUGUGAUGUGCUGCAGACAAUGCUGAAAUGAAUGUGAAGCAUCAUAUCAGAGCACCGUCUGCUGCAAAAACUCUAUGAUAAUACUAUUUCUGAAUCCGGUUUGUUCAUGUAUUAUAUUCUCUUUAAUAAUGCUGCAUAUCUAAGGGCCUGCACAUACCAAUAGGAAUAUAUUUGACCCAGCUUUUUUCAACUUAUUACUUAAGCAAUGUGGAACUUUCUGGCCAAAAUAUAUUCACCUGGUUUAAGUCUUAUCUAAAAGAGAAGGAUUUCUUUGUGUCAGCCGGUAAUGUUAUAUUUAAGCAAACACACAUGGCAUCUAUAUAAGGCUCCAUGCUGGGGCAUCUAUAUACAGUGCUCAGCAUAAAUGCCAUAAACCCCUUGAGAGUUGUCAGAAAUCCUUUAGUUUCCUUUCAAAAUCGACAUUCUCUUUGUCGGGCUAUACAACAAAAUACUCCCCUCAAAUGAAGGCCAUUGAUUACAAACAAGAUUUUUUUUGAGUGCAUCCAAAAAAGUAUUUUUUUUUGUAUUUAAAAUCAGGAUACAAAAAUCAGUACACCCAAAUCAAAGUUCUGGGAGCAAAGCAAAACUUAAGUUACCAUGUCCCCCUCAUUUUCAUCUAAUGGUAAAUAAAAUGUUAUGUUAAACUCAGCUUUGUCAAAAUUUUGGAAAUUGUACUUUUGCUCAUCUUUCAUAUAGAGUUAUACAUUACUUCUAAUAGGACGUGUGAUGACUUAUGUCCUAAAUUGACCUGUCCUAAAUCUUACCUGUAGGUCACGAGUUACCUUGUGUCUUUUGUUAGAUUCAUUUCUUAAGCUGAUAUAAUCACAUGUGGCGUUCCUCAAGGCUCCACCCCAGAGCCUCUUUUGCUUGACACUGAUGGCCUGUAUUGUCAAAAAUAACAAAAUAUUCAUACACACAUUACUGAGUUGAAUUACUUGUAGACUUGAUCUUGGAUUUCUGUCUAUUUUUACUGAAUUUAUUGUAGUUUUCCAACCUAUAAUUAUUUAAUGUCAUUUAAGAACUUGGCAAGUGGUUGUACGUUACAAGCGGUUUUUUGUAUGUAUGAGACAAUUAAAAUUAAUACAGGGAAGAGGAAAUUAACAUAAGUUUUGAGUUUGCAGAUGACAGUAAUAAGCCAAUAAAAACAAUGUUAGCCAGCGAAAGUACCUUAUUGGCUCAGUUUUGGUAAAGGAUUUUUGACUGUGUUCAGAAACAAAAAGACAAAAAAGAAAACAGGAUUUUAAAAAAUGUAAUUCUUUAUUUGACCUUUAAAUAUGGAUGAUUUUCUUUAUAAGUAAGUUAUUUCAUAAUUUUGUCUUGUUCUGUCCAAAAUUUGGUCUAAUACCACCAACUUAUCUUUACUAAUCAUGGAUAGAUUCUGUAGAAAUGUUGUUCUCAAACAAAAGCAUUAGGAGUUGAUGUUGUUUCCGUGGUGCUGACAGGUGGACAGCGUGGAGGCCAUACUGGAGCUGUGUGGGUUCAUCGACACUCUGCUUCAGGGUCUCCUCUCCUCCUCUGAGGAGCGCUGGAGGUCUGAGAGGGUCAGACUUCUCCUGCAGCUGCUCUGUGCCUGCCAGCUGUGCCUGAAGCUGAACGGAGACUGUCGACUUCUCCUCAGCUCCAUACAGCAGCUCCUACCUGCCUGCAAAGAGGUGACAAGCCAAUCUUUCUCACCCAGAAUGAUCUAAAAUUCAAGUUUAUUUAGAUGGUUCAUCAUAUUUGCUUUAAGACAUUGUUUUCAGCAUCAUUUACUUUUAAACAGGUCAUCCACAAUUCAAACAUGUCAUUUUCAGGAGCUUCCAUUGGAUGAGCUGCUGGUAGGCGUGGCUCUGCUCUUGUUAGAGGCUCCUGCAGCUCAGCAGAGCAGUCUCCUCAGUCUGGGUAAGAACCACCUAAGGUAAAAGUCAUAAAUCUGCCUCAUUAGCACUAACAGCUCUUUAACUUCAGCACAUGGAUGCAGUACAGCUGCAGAUCUGGCUGUAUGAGGUUUUUAAAUAGUCAAAAUACUAAAGAAAAGCAGAUUUAUUAUGAACAUUUUUAAUUUACUAAUUCUUACUUAGUCUCCUGAUUUGAUCGAUGCAGCAAACAUCUUUUUUUAAUUCCUCUCAAUAUCAGCAGCAGUGGGAGUUGUGGUUCCUAUCCGAUGACUUCAGUUUGCUCUCAAAUAGAGAGCAACUUUUUGCUGAAACUGAUCAGUUUUUGAUCUUAUGCAUUUUCAUUUUUUUAUAUCUUUAAACUGUGUUGCAAAUUUAUUUCUUUGAUGCAUUACUACAGUCUCUCAUGACUCCUUAUGUUUUAUUAGAAAGCUUAGCUUGCACACCUCUCUGCAGCCUUUGUAUACUGGUGGUGUAGUAGACUAAGCACUUCUUUUCUUGGAGUGCUUUAACUUCAUGCACAUAAAGUUUUCCUUAUAAAUGGGCGUCUGAAAGGAACCAACAGUUUUAGAGCAUUAUCAGCAUUUAAAGUUGUUUGAUGUUGCCUUUAGGGACUGUGGGAAAUGCGUAAAGACGUUUGAAACUGUUGUUACUUAAAAGACCAAAUAUCUGAAUCUGUAUUUGUAUGAACUCUGAGAACAUUAUUUCCAAGUGUUUUGAACACAGGACUCAGUAAAACCCUCAAAAAUGUUUACACCCCGGUGCUUUUUACUGCAGCACAACUUCAUCUGUCUGAAUGGACUCUUUGGUCUUCUUUACGUUUCUGUCUUGUCUGCUUUUACUCUCUCUCUCUCUCUGACACAGCCUUGAGUUUAGUCCCUGAGGACUCUGAGCUGGCCCCCUGGUUGAGUCCAGUCCUGGUCCUUCCUGUCCUGCAGCUCCUGUCCUGCUCUAGCCUUACUGAGGCGCUGGCUGACCCACGGAUCCACACCCUCAACCAGGACCUGGCCCACAAGCUGCUCAGCCGAAUCAGCAGAGAGACAGAUACACCAGGACAGGUAGAUGGGUUUAACAUGGACAGGACUGAAGAGUGCACUUGAAUUGAUUAGUCUGUGAUUUACUCUCUUAAUACAGGGUUUCUGCUGUGUCCUACAAAGUCUUACAACAUCUAAAAACUAAUCAUUUCAAUUUAAAACCUCAAAAAAUGUAUAAAACUCUCUUAAAAUCUUGUAAAAUGUCUUCAAUACAAAUUUAAAAGGUCUUAAAAAUGCAUUGAUGUUACUUACAAAUAAAGAUUGAUUUGAAGUUAGUUUAAAAUGUUCCAAUUUCCUUUCAUGUCUUAAAUUGUGUUUAUUAUGGUCUUAAAAAAGUCUUUAAAAGUCUUAAAUUUGACUUGUUGAAAUCUGCAGAAACCCUGUAAUAAAGCGUUUAUAUUUUUUUAUUUCUUUGUACCAGUUAAAAUCACACUUACAUAUCGUGUGUGGUUUUCAUCGAGUAAUCUGGACUUUGAAUGGAAAGAUUCAUCAAUGUUUUUAUGGAUUAAAAGCUGAUCAAAUGUAUUGAUCUCUCCUCUGUUCUUCAGUCUGCUCCACUGUUGGCUCUCCCUCUCAGCUCCUGGUACAGCGAGCUCAGCGUGGCCAUCACCGUGCUGCGUGAACUUGCAGACAGUCCAGCCGCCGCGUCUGAUUGGCUGCUGUCCGUCAGCUCCGCCCUCUCCUUGUCGCCCAGCCAGCAGCGUCUCUGCUUGCUCAGCCUCAUUGUGGCUCAUGUCAUCAUCACGGGUCAGGAGGACAUCUGCCAGCUGGCUCUGAACGCCGGCCAGGCCAUCGCUGCAGCAGACCCCUGCCAGGUAGAUAAUCCAUAUGGAUCAGUUCAACACUCAGACCUUCACAUGACGCACGGCCUCUGAAGCUUUAAAGGAAAAGAUUUAUUAUUUUAAUGAGGUGCUGAGUUUAAUCCUUAAUAUGCUCAAUUUCCUCAAGGUAAAAGAAAUAAUCGUCCAUUAUAGUGUUUUCCUCCAGAGCGGAGUCCUCCAUGAAAGAAGAGCUCAUGAAGACCUUGAUUGGAGUAUUGAAAGUUUUUAAUUUGUGCUCAAUAAUUAAACUCCAGUUUAAGGGAAGAAAAUGCUUAAAAAAUCAGAUCAGAUCUGGAUCUGACCUUUCAUUAAAAAACAUUUUUAAAGUUUGUUUUCCUCUGAGGCUCAGAUACUUAAGUAACUCAAUAACUGAAAAGCCUGAAGGUUAGUCAUUUACCUCAAAGCUUCGUUCAUAUCUACACAGCUCACUGUGUUUCAGCAUGUGCACAGCCUCACAUGUCUAACAAUAAAACCCUAUCCUGCACUGAGAGGCAGCUUAUCAACCUGCUGAACUGAAACAGAGAGAGGGAGGGAGGUCACUGUAAAUAUUAUAACGUAGAUAAUUAACAGUUUUACUCAUUAUUUUACUGUGUUUUAUUUGUUUAAUCUGUUUUACCAUGAAAUCUGAUGGGAAAAGGCGUUUGUUUUUAUUGUUGUUGUUCAGGUUUUUUAUUUCCUACUUCCUUCCUGUUAUUCUGAGUGGUCUAAAUUUCUCCAGAUUUCCACCAGAGACUGAAAUACCGGUCUGCACUUUGCUCACUCGGGCUUCUAUCAAAGCAUUCUGGGCUUCAGUAAAACCUUGCCUCUGUGCCACAUCCCAUUGGUUCCUACGCAAGUAUGGAGAAGUGUGGAAGUGAUUUGAUCAGUUUCCAGGUCUUAAAAAGUAUGGUAAAUGAAGAAAAAAUAUGUAGGUUUCCAGACUAUUGCCACAGUAAUUUCCAAAAAUAAUUCCAAAAAGUAAGGUAUGGAAAAGUAUUGAAAUUUUAGCUGUGUGGGAACCCUGGUGAAGGAACACCUUUACAUCUAAAAAUGAAAUACUUUUCAGAUGUUGGAUAUUUCUAAAUCUUUUUUGAAAAUCCUCUCUUUAUUUAAAACACUGUGGUUUUCAUAAUGAAAAUCAAGAUAAUUCAAACUGAAUAGAAGUCAAAUGUAAAAAUGUUCAUGCUGUAAACAUGAAAAAUAUGAAAGUCUACCUUUCUAAAAGAAGCUUCGUUGUAAUUUUAUGAAAUGCACCUUUACAUAAUGUCAGCCACUUUUCUCCAUCUUCCCUGUUUUCUUCAGCUGCAUAAAAAGAGCGAUUUUAACCCAGCAGACUUCCCUUUGACCCUCUGGGACUGUAAAUGGAGUCACUAGCUGCUGAAGAUGAUGUGAAAUAUCACACAGUGUUAUAAGCUGCUCAUUACUCGGCCUCGUUAGACGCCUCUGAGUAUCCCCCCGCCGCUCUAAUUGCUCCCUCAGUGCCACUUGUGCCGCUCGUUUGAUGCGUCUGUAGGAGGUUAUUGGCAUAUUUGAAUUCGAUGGAUUUCCCUCCUCACAGUGUCACAUCUGCCCGCUUACAGUCACCGUCGCCGAGGAGGUUUGCAGCAUCUUUCUUUAUAGGGAUCAGGCUGAAAUAGUCAAAAUGAUCCAAAAUUAAUACUAAGAAAUGUUUUGAAUGAUAUUUUUUGAUCAAAGUUCACCGUUCAGGGUCAAGAUCAGACAUUUCUGAGAUUCAACUUCAAGAAAACCUCCAUUUCUUCUUCCCUUCCUUUCAAGCAGGUGAAGUUGUUGCUAAGCAACGGCCAAGGUGCCGUGCAACCGUGAGUGCUUUAUGUUAAUGAGAGGCUGCAGAGCUGUUGACUGCAUGCAUCCAGAGACCCAGAGUGGUUCCUGUCUCUGACCCGAGCUCAGAAGGAAAUGAUGAAGUGUGAACCUGUGAUGUCAGUGCUGAAUUUAUGAAGCUUUAAGUGAGCAGAGAGCAUCAUGGGAGAAAUACUAUGAGACCCAGAGGUACACAAGGAGACAGACUAGAACCUUGGCCCGGUUGUUUGAAAGUAAUCUGCCUGGAUUAGAGCUCUGGGACUGGGUCAAGUCUUGAAAGUUGGACCCAGACUGUAUUAUGGAAAAUUUUAAACUGGUCAAACAAAACCUCAUUUUUUAAGUGAAAGACUUGGUUCAUGUAUGAAUAGAAGAUUCUCUUUGAGGUUUUUUUGUAUGUACCAUGGUAUUGGCUUGCUAGCAUAGUAUAAAUAUUACAGAGCAAUAUAUGUAAUAAAUUUGAGUGGGUCUGGAUUGGCAGGCCAUUGAUUGAGAGCUUUGUAGAAAAUAAAACAUCUGUGUUUAUUAUGUAUUCAGGCAGAAAACUUAACCUUCAUGAGAAAAGGUUCAAAGAAAAAUUAAAGAAUUUUGAUGAUAGGUUUGGGAAUCACCAGUGGCUCUACGAUACGAUAUUAUCACGAUACUUGCACCAUGAUACGAUAUUAUUACGAUUUUUAACAUUUUGCAAUACAUUGAGUAUUGCGAUACAAUAAAUUGCGAUUUUACUAUUACUUUUUUCAACUGUUUAGCUAAUUUAGCAUUUGUCUUUUCUUUAUGUUUGUCUUAUUUACACUGUAUUUUAUUUUCAUGUCAACCCAAAUGUGUUUGAUUUUACAUCGUUCCUUUAAGAUUGUCCCCACAGUCCUGUUUAUGUAGACAUUUCCUUAUAUCUACGUUAGUGUCUGGACAGUGUUGCUUGUUUUUGGAUGUGUUUUAAAGAUGGGACUCCUUCACUCAGACUCCCUUUUGUCUCUGCAGGUCCCUUCACUUCUCUCUGUUCUGUUGUUCAAACUGGAGAGAGAGAAAAACCCAAACCUGGCUCAUGCUGUGCUCACCUGUCUGCCAAACCUCGGGACACAUAAGGUACAGAGCAGCAACAGCAGAGAAGAUCUUAAAAGAGGAUUUACAGAUUUAUUAUAACCUUUGGAGUUUCUUCUGAUAAUUGCAGCGUUCAGUAGUAAAAAUAAAAAGUACAGACUGUGCAGGCAGUUCUCUUCAGCAGAUUUGACUGUUGUGUAUUGUUUGUGGUUGCAGCUCUGUGUUCCCAUGGUGCUGCAGACCCUCCACAUGCUGGCUAGUGCCCCCAAGCUGAGAGCCGUGGCAAUGCGCCUCCUAACCUCUCUGUGGAAGAAGCAGGUCAGAAAUCAAAGCUGCUCCUUAAAAAACAGAACCAGUGAUUAUUUCAACCAUCUUUAUUUCUUAUGUAUUUCCUGUGUGUGUGUGUGUGUGUGUGUGUGUGUGUGUGUGUGUGUGUGUGUGUGUGUGUGUGUGUGUGUGUGUGUGUGUGUGUGUGUGUGUGUUUACAUCAGGAUCGAGUGUACCCCGAGCUGCAGCGUCUGCUGGGGCAGCAGGACAGCAGGGUGGUGGUCGGGAGGGACGCUCAGUGGGAGCAGAUCCUGGCCAGAGCCGCCUGCAUCAGAGACAUCUGCAGAGAGAGGUCAGACACACACACAGACACACACACUUAUGAAACAUGAUCAGAUCAGUCUUUAUUAACCCCCAGAGGAAACUGACGGUUGUUGCAGUGACACAGGUGACAGUUACAGGAGGAGUUUACAUGGUAUGAAGUGAUGAAUAGUAAUGAAUUCACCCCGGGGUAGUGCUAACUCUGAGAUAAUGUGUAACACUUUAAAUACGGUAAGAUAAUAAUAGUUUAAGGUGCAAUAAAAAAAGAUUUAAAAAGUGCAUAACAGUUCACAGUAAAUGUGUUGAAGAGGAAUUAUAUGGUUAUAAAAAUGUGUGUUUACUUAGAAACAUUAGAUAGUCGAAGCCAAUUCACCUCUGUGCUUAUAAAAUAACAACAAAACAAAAAAUGUUGUAUUUAUCCAAUAAAAGGAAGAAUGAUUUGAUAAUGAAAAAUCACAUGUUAAAAUAUGUUAUAAAAUAAUAUAAUACAUUAGAUAUGUUAUAUAUAACAAAUAUCAUAUGACAUAAUAAAUUGAAUGUAAUAUUUUAAAAUUUUGAUGUGUAAUGUAAUGAAAUAUAAUUUAGUAUAAUUUAAUAUAAUGUUAUAUAAUGGGAUAGAGUUAUUAUAGGAUCAAAUAUUAUAGAGUAAAAUAGGAUAUAACUCAAGUAUGAUGUUAUAGAAUAGGGUAUGGUAUAAUAUAAAAUGAUUCAAAUAAUGCAACACAUGAUAUUUAAUUCAAUUUGAUAUAACAUUAUAUUAUAUUAUCAUCAUAUUAUAUCAUUACAUUAUUUUACAUUGCUUUUGAUAAAAAUGACCUGUUACCUUACAUGUUUCCUGCCAUUGAACAGUAACACCAAACAAACACGCCUUUCUUAUCAACAAAAGUAACCUGUUACAUGACAGCUAUGUUACCAUAAAAAGAAAACUAAAGCCUCGAGCAUGUCAUCUAUGUUAUCUACACAUCAUCUAGUUUCCUGAGUGAAGAGAGUGUGGACCCUACAGCUGUUUUUAACCACGUUUACAGCCCAGGCCUCCAAUCACCUUCGAGCAUGCAACAAGUGAUAAAAACAGUCUCUUUUUCUGCAGCUGGUGCAGCUGUUUGUAGUUCUUACAGUCUUCCAGCAGGGGGAGCACAGCACGUAGUCUUUGUGUAAUCUUUUUCCCCUCUAGUAAUUAGUGAUGUUUUCAGCUGUGAUUGCUUAGAUGGAGUGUUAUGAUGGAGGAGUCACUCAUAUCUUCUGCUUUCUCUCUGGUUUUUUCUUUUAAUUUUUGAUUAUGAAGCACUCUGUGACCUCUGCUCUUCAACGACACUAUUUAAACAAACAUCACUUAUUACUACGUAUCAUGUAUGGCAGUAAAAGUGAAAGGAGUUCCUCACAGCCUCAGAAGCAGCACAAACUUCCACAAUUUUCCACUGGAGGUUAGAAAAAGGAUUCUGGGUAUGCGGUCUCUUCAGCACUGACUCUGGACAGGCGUUUAGGAGCAAGAACUUAAGUCCCAUAGCAACACAGACUAUAGUAUAUAAUAAAUUUCACACAGCAGUUUCUGUGGGUGUGUAUAUGUUUGCAGUGUAUAUUUCCUGCUCUGAGAAGGAAGCGUCCACUCGUCAGUAUUUACUUUGUUCCUCUUCAUGAACUAUCCACUAACUAAAGUUUGCAUCUGCUUUAUGAUCUUGAUCGGUUCAUUUAUAAUCACUGUUGCCCCUUUAUUCUAAAAAACUGACUUUUGUGUGUCUCAGGCCUUAUCAGCAUGGUGGAGACAUGUUAGCGGCAAUCAAAUUCACUCUGAACCAGUGCUCCAAACCUGACAUGGCGACCCCGGCUGCUCUGGUGCUGCAGGGACUUCAGGAGCUCUGCAGGACUGAGGUUUCACACACACACACACAUACAGAACUAUCAUAAACCACAUGCACAGUAAACAUACAGUAGACACUAUGUUUAAUUCGGCUCGCUCUGCAGGUGGUGGACAUCAUCUCCACGUGGAGGAGUCUCGGUCCUGAGCUCAGCUGUGACUCUCGUCCUCUGGUGGUCAAAUCCACAGCUGAACUUCUGGCACUGGUUCCUCAGCUGGCUGUCAAAUCAGAGCAGUAUGAGGUGAGUCAACGCCCUGGUUUGAUUUGUUGGAGGGAGGUUAUCCAAUCCUGAAGUCCAGCUCUAAGUUUACCACAUCUAUUUCACAUCCAAGAUUCAUUUAUGAGGUGAACUUUGACCCCUGUUUCAAAUUUUUUGGCUUUUCUUCUCCUAAAAAAUACACCCCUUACUCCUGUUCUGUCAGAGUCUGUUAGAAAUCGGAGUUUAUAUCUCACUUAGCAGAAAUAGAAAUUGGUGUAUUUUCAACAUGCAAAAUACUUUAGUAAAGCUUGAAAGUGGAAGAGCAUGCUUAUAAUUGAACAUUUUAAAUAUGAAAAAACCACUGAGUGAUGUUUUUUGAUGAUUUUUAGUUGAUGUGAACCCACCAUUGUUGAAAACUCUAAACAAAUGCUCCUCAACUCCUGACUUUGAGGAUGAAAUAGUUGCUAAAACUAUGGUUGAAAAGAACCUGAGUCAGAAAAAUGAAUAGAAGCGUAUCCUUGAACUUCAUUUUAGAAAGACUUUUUUGUUAAUCAUUAAUAAAAUACCUAGUUUUUUUUCCCUACAGUCACAGUUUGAACCUUUCUCUUUAAAAUUUAAGUUCAGCUGCUUUGAAAAUGUUUUUCUCCUUUUAUCCAGAAACUGAAAGAAGAGGUGGUCAGCUUCAUCUGGAACUACGCUGUGAACAAGGUCGGCGCGCUGCAGAUAUUCACUCUGUAUACGUGUCUGUUUGUAUUUGAAUGCCAGGAACAUGAUUCAAAAUGUUUCCAACAGUUCAGGGUCUCCAGAAGAGUUGUCCUUACUCGUGUGGGUCUGGGAAUGUAAUGUAAGUGUCCAGUUCUCUUUGCACAUGUUGGAUUUAAAACAGUUUUUUUCUGAUGUAUCAGGAUCCAGAGGUGGCCAGCUGUGGUUUCAGAGCUUUGGCAGAUUUUUCUGAAGAAGUUCAUACGAUAAACCUCCUUCCUGAAGCUGUAAGAGUCCCACUCAGUUUUUUUUUUUCUUUUUUAAUAAAAGUCUUAGAAGUUGAAAAUUGAUAUCUUUAUUUUUAUAAGUUUAAAUUCGUCUGUAGCUCUCUAAACCGUGAAAGAAUCACCCAUAGUGGUCUGUUUUCAUCAGCUUGUCCUGUUUCUGUCUGUAAAGGCCAGACCGGUUAUAAAAGAGGAUGAAGAGGAUAAAGAGGAGAAAACAGAAGAGGAAGAGGAGAAAGAUCUGUCUGUACCAGGGUCAUCGUAUGUGAAGCUGAUGGUUCUCACUCCUUUAUCAGUUCUACCAGGUGACAAAAACUCACGUCCUCAUCUUUAAAAAGUGCUGUAGUGCUUCCAGUUCAUCCUCCUCAUCCUCUUCAUCUUCUUCUUCUCAGCCUUUGAGCUCUUCCUGAUGUCUCUGGUGAAACAGGAGAUGACCAAGAUGCCUCGGGGAGUCUACUUCUCAGCCCUGAGGGGGGGCAACCUGCGCUCUGAUCAGGGGAAAACGGUGGCAGGAAUCCCGGCGUUCAUGCUAAAAACCUACGAGAAGAACAAGCAGCCAGGGCUGAAGACUGGACUCGCAGGUGACUAAACCCCCGUCCUGUUUUCAGUUAUUCUGGGCUUUUUCAGACAUCUUUGCUUUGUCUGAGGGGUUUUAAAGCUGCCGUCCACCAGAGCUUGCCUCAAGUGGAUAUUUUUGGAACUACAUUUUACGGCAUCAUUAUUUAUUUUCUCAUUUCUUUGCUGAUGUUUCGUGAAUGAGACGCUCUGUGUUAACUACGACCUCGCCUCUUUAUUUAUGUUGUUUGUGUGUUUUGUAGCCGGUCUGCUGCUCUGUUAUGACCUCCCUGUGCAGACGGACCGUGACGGCAAACCUAUCGACCGUUUCCUUGUCAGCCGCAGUCGCAGCUACCAGCAGACUUUAUCAGCUCUGAUACACGAGGUACAUCUGCACCUGCUCUUCAUCUUCCUUUUCAGUUAAAGCAAAUAGAAAAUAAAACUUUUGCUUGUUGUUUUUGUCCUGCAGGUGAACAUUCAGCCGUCUGAGUGGCACCGCGCUCUCCUCCUGCCUCAGGCCUGGAGAGGCUUCAUGAACCGGGCUUUCCAUGCUGCCCUGCAGGUCAGUGCUUCUGCAAACUGAAAGAUUUAUGACUGAUGAGGAAUUUGAGUGGUUGAACUUGUGGUUAAAAGUCAAAAUUGUGACAAAUGUAAGUGUUUGAAAGAGGAGAGGUAAGAAGAAUGAAAACCUAGAGGACGCCCAAACUUUCUCCUCUCACUUAAAGGUUCAAAGUAUCAGUUAGACGUCCUUCAGGACGAAGUUAACUCUGAUAUUGUUGUUGCUAUUAUUUUGUGUCUUCAGGGCCGUCGUGCAGAUUUGGAGAUGCAGCAGAAACAGGGCAAAGGGGACCCACAGGAGCUGCAGUACAAACAGCACUGCGCCUGGCUGUGGUGAGAUUUAAAGCUCCUGUUGGGAGUUUUGAACCAGUUCUUGAACAGAUAUUGAAAUUUCUGCCUCUUUAUGACAGGCAAGUUGAAUGAUAUUGGCAAUUUUACUCCCACAGUUGUGUGUAGUUUGUGAGACUAAUAACCUGUCUUUGGGACAAGACUUUCUUUAAACACCCUUAACACAGUGGUUUCUCACCUUUUUACCUCUUCCUUUGAUAUCCUAGAAAAGCAAAGACCCUCACAUGAAGAAAACUGAUGUCUUAUUUUAAAAAAUGACCAGAAUGAGUGAGGAAAGCACAUUUAUAUACAGGAGAAACUAUCCAGACUAUACAGCACAGUGUUUGUGUCAUCCUCCGAAAGCUUCCUGCUCAUUAUUCAUUGUGCAUCAUCAAAAGACAAAUCCUCCUUUCAUGCAUUGAGGUUUUCAAAGCACUGCCCCCUUUUUUCCUCCACCCUUUGCUCUUUGUUUUUAUUCAUACCUCCACCAUGUUUCCUCUCGUCUUCAGGGCCAGAGAUCAGCUGACUGACGUCAUCAAAGCGGCUACAAAGUGAGUGUCCUUCCUGUGAUCUCCACAGGAGACGUUAUAGAGAGAAACAGGUGAAAAUAUUCCGAUUGUAGAGUCAGUGCUGACAAUGGUGUGUUGUUUGUGUUGUUUAGAGAUAGUCCUGUUGUUCAGGGAAACUCCAUCCUGGCUCUGAGCGGCCUGGCUGCUGUCCUCGCCAAAUAUGAGAGUAACCUGCCCGCUGAUGGUGAUGGCGGCCUUGGGGUGAGAUGAUCUGUUUCUUUAUUUUGUCCUCAGAGCCUUUGUAAAGGAACAUCAUGGUCAGAUAAUCAGUGCUGAAAAGUGUUAAAGGAGUUUUACAGAGAGGUUUGUCACUGUCUCGUCCCUGUAGGCUGGUCCAGAGUUUGUCCCCACGUCCAGCUGGUUGUCCAUAGUCCUCAACACGCUGCUCAGCAUCAGCAGCAGCAGCUUCAGGGCCACAGGGCAGGUUUUCCCCUGGUUCCUACAUGUAAGUUUUUCAUUCAUGUUUUUGCCAUAAUGUUGUCAUUCAAAGUGCAAGGCUUCUCAAAAAACUGACUGAUAAAGGAAAAAGCCCUAGAAACUCCUUCAGUGGACACAGGCCCUAACUUUUUUAACAGCUUCCAGAUGAUAGAUUGUGAAAAAUGAAGCAUUGUAACAGCUCCUAAAUUCCUGAAGGUGUCACUGUGCCCCUGCAGGUGAAAAUGUCCACACCAUCUGCAAACGCUGCUGUCCCCCCUUGUCUUGUGUUCUGUCUCCCUAUGUGAUCCCCUCCAUCUCUCUCAGCGUUCAUACUCAGGUGAAAACACAGCCAGCGCCAUCGCUCGCUCCUGUGCCAGCCUGGCGUUGUCCCUGCUCGUCCCAGUCCUGGUGGUUUGGCAAAGAGACGGUCUGGUCCAGGUUCUAACGGCACUGAAGGCCGGUUUGCCAGGCUCUUCCAACGCUGAUGAUUCCCAGGCCGUCCAGUUCCACUCCGGCCUCGCGCUCGGCAUGGUGCUGUCCAGUCUGCACCACCAGCGGCUCAGGUAGAGGGUCACCUGUUUGAUGAUUGAUUUAAUGUGUUUUCUUGAUCUCUCUUUUUAGUUAUUUCUCUCUUUUGAUCUUACUUUUUAUUUCUAUCUCUCCUUUGUCUCUCUUUUUAUUUCUCUCCUUUGAUUUCUGUUUUUAUUUCUCUCUCUUUUUGAUCUUACUUUUUAUUUCUUUCUCUCUUUGAUCUUAUUUUUAUUUAUUUCUCUCUUUGAUCUUAUUUUUUAUUUCUUUCUCUCUUUGAUCAUUCUUUUUAUUUCUUUCUCUCUUUGAUCUUAUUUUUUAUUUCUUUCUCUCUUUGAUCUUAUUUUUAUUUCUUUUUCUCUUUGAUCUUUCUUUUUAUUUCUUUCUCUUUUUUGUUUUCUAGCGAUGUCUCUGCAGAGAAGGAUGCAGAUCUGCUCCUCGGCUCUCUGGAGGCUCUGGAAAGCUGCUCCUUCAACCCAAACCUGGAGUACAAGUCAGUUCUGAUUGAGUCAUUUGUGGUCAUACUUAAACUGUUGGCUGGUGAACACACACAGAAAUUACAACUUAUUUCAGUUGCAGUUUCUCUGUUUAACCUUUUCCUCCUCUCCCUCUAACUCUUCCUCAGCACUGGCUGUGUGUUGGGUCUGGCUCUGGUACUCUCAGCUCUCUGCAGCAGCAGACAGGCGGACCAACAUGUCCACGUCACUCAAACCCUUGACAAACUCCUGACCAGCCUGCAGGAGAGCAGCGGGCUGGGGCGCAUGCAGCAGGAGGUCUGAAUUACCUGCAUGACACUUUACUUUAAAAUCAAGACACUUUUAGAGGUCACAGAAUCGCUGGAGGAUUCUUUUAGGGAGUUAUCUCCACACUGUCAUCUCCUGGUUUUCUCUCUACCUCCUCUGUUUGCUUUUCCUCCUCUGUUUCUUCUUUUUGUCCUUCCCAUCAUCUCCUUUGUCUUCCUGUGCAGGUCUUGGCGUACUCUGUGGCCUGUGUCGGGGUCUCAGCCUUCAGUGGAGGUCUGAUAGAUGCUGAAAAGGCAGAGGAGGUCAUGAACACCCUGCGCACCCUGACCGAGGAGAGCCAGCAGGUCAGUGAGGCACAGUUUCUUUCAGUUGUUUUUCCGACAGUUGGGAAGACUUUGUGAAAAUAUUGCGGAAGUAAUUUGUUAAAGACAGCCAAAAACUUGAUUGAAUCUGAUCCAGGGUAAAAAUGUCCCAUUUCUAGUUCAAGUCUGCAGUCUAACUUCAGUCUGUUAACAUAAUCCUGUUCAGACUCCAGGUUUCUCUCUGGCUCUGGGUUUGGUGGUCCAUGGUCUCUCAAUGUCUGGUCACGGUAAAGCUGAGGACAUCCAUCCACGUCUGCUGGCUGCCUGGAUCAAGAUCUUACUGGCAGAGGUACUACGGUUUAGGUUUUCUAAAUACCACUUCAUCCAAACAUGAACUCUUAUUUUGCUUCAGAGACAUGAGCAGGGCUCGAGGAUCCUGUCUAGACAUUGAAAAUAAUGCUUUAAAAUCAGGCUUUACAUUGUAAAUGAAUGUUAUUGAUACAAAACUGCAGUUCCCUCAGUGUCCACUAGAGGAUGCCUCCUAAAGUUAGUCGUUUUUUAUAGAGCUCUAUGUCAAAAUCACUGCAUUAACAGCUGAAAUAAAGUGUUUACAGUCUGAUAUGUCAGCCAUGACAGUGAAAACCAGAAGCAGCGGUUUUGAGGUUAGUCUGUUGUGAAUUAUGUAGUCAACAAUAACUUUCAAGGUGAACUCAGGAGCCAUAAAAGUAACAGAAGCAAAGAACAUUGAAUCUGAUUCGUCAGUUAAAAUUCAACUUCCCUUGUGUUAGCAAAAGCUUAUUUUUUACACACUUUUGAUUUAUAAAAAAAGCUCACUUUAACAACCAUUUUUGCUGCAACAGAAAUGAGACAAUCCCAGUUAAUGUCUUUGUGAAACUCGUGGUCAGGUGAACACAGCCACUGCUGGUUUACUGGAUUGCUGCUUCUCUUCUUUGUUUUUUGUCCAGUUUAGAAGUUGUGUAUUUGUGUUUCAGGGCUGUCCCACGAUGCAGCGUCUGGCUGCUGUAAACGGUCUGGUGGCUUUGGUGGGAUCAGAGAGUUACCUGAUCCAGGUGAGAUUCUGAUGCGCCUCUGGUGUCAGGCUUUAGAAAUAAACCUCAAAACUUUUUAUUUUCCAACCAGUCUCUCCAUGAGCAUGGGAAUGUGACUCAUGUGCAGAAAUGUUUUUCCGGGUUUUAUUUUCUUUCUGCUUUAAAUGUUUGUUUGCUGUGUGGUGUGUUUAAGAUGAAGGAGGAUUAGGGCCACAAGGAGAGAAAAUAUAUUUACAGGAAGGAGAUUUUUCAAUUUCCAUUUCGAAAUUAAAGUCACAAUUUUGAGAUUAAAGUCAAAAUUUAAAAAGUUGAAAUGAAAAAAAUCAAAAUUUCAAGAAUUAAGUCAAAAUUUUGAGAUAAAUAAAUUGAAAUUACAUGAAUUAAGUAAAUUCAUGACAUUUCACUAUCUCGUAAUUUUGACUUUAAUGUUGAAAUUUCAAUUUUUAAUCUCAGAAUUUUGUCUUUAUUGACAUAAUUUUGAUUUUUUUAUCUCAAAAUUUCGACUUUAAUCUCCUUCCUGUAAUUAUUAUUUUUCUCUUCAUGUGGCCCUAAUCCUCUUUCGUUUUUUAAGGUGUUAAUUCUGGGUUUCAAGAAGCUUCUUCCAUUAUUGUUUAAAAGUUGAGAUCUACUCGACGCUGAGCUUUGAUUUAACAUCCUAUAAAACCUGCAGACCGAAUUUUAUCUGAAAAGUCCGAUGAAACUGUUUUUUCUUUAUUUCCUUUCUCUUACAUUUAUCACUCUGGAUGUUAUAUGCUGUACUGUCAUUUUUAACACUGUGUUGUUGUUUUGUGUCGCAGCUGUCGGGUGAGUUGGAGCUUUCCUCUCAGCAGCAGAGCAGACUCAACGAGGUGAUUCGAGCCAUCACACAGGUAUGAACUCUCAGAUUUGACUCUUUUCAGUUUCCUCAACUUAUAACCAAAUCCUCCAGAGAAGCCAUGUUUCAAUCAUUUCUACAGCGGGUCAGCAUUAGGGUUCCAAAAACAUGUAAAGGAUAAUUUGAAUCAUGUUUACUGAGCAAGUUUUAAAGUGUGCGUUGAUUGUAUUUUUCUCACGUCUGCAGAUCAUAACCUUCUCUGGAGCCAUCGGCCUGCAGUCGAACAGCGCCUGUUUGGUGGCUCAUCUGCAUUUGGCUCACAUGUCUACCAGUCACACUCACACAGCAGGUUGAUACAAAACUGCAGCUCAGAAAUCCAUGACAAAGAGUUUAAAGUGCGGAGACCACAUUUGUUUUCAUCUGCUUGAUUUAUUUUCUCUUUCGUAUCUUUUUCAGUCCCUCAGGAUUUCAGUUACCUCUCAGAGAGGAGUGUCAUCAGAUCCAUUGUUGACUUCCUCACAGAAGCAGGAAAAAAAGGUUUAUUUUAACUCAGUCUCUCUUUGUCUCCUCACCUUUUAAGAUUGGAGGGUCAUUUAGGUUGCAAUUUUUUGCAAAGGCACAUAGAUAUCAAACAUAUAAAGAAAAUUAAUGCCUGGUUUUUGUAAAGUAGGAACUGUGUAUCACUCCCUCUGAGUCCCCUGGUCAGCCUGACCCCUUUGUUGGUAAACCACAGGAUAUGGGGUCAGAUUUAAUACUUUGUUUACCGUGCACCUGUUCCUGAUUCUCCCAACAACACAUCACAAACAUUCUUGUAUUAAAAUUCAUCUGUUAUGAUAACUCUCAUACAUAUCCUCUCUCUGCGUGUGGAUCCAGGUCCAGAGUUUUCUCACCCAGCUCUUGUUAAAACGGCUCUGGCUCCUCUGGCUUCAGUCGGAUCCAGUUUCCAGUAUCCCCCCAUCAACUGGAGUGCCGUUCUGUCACCUCUGAUGAGGCUCAGCUUCGGUGGGACUUCUUAUAUUUAUUCUUCUCCUGACUGAGGUGUCAGCGGAGUCACUGAGCUCAGGGGUUUUUGUCUUAUUUCAGGAGAGGACGUUCAGCACCAGAGUCUGGUUCUGGCAGCGGGUCAGGCUCAGUCGUCUCAGAGCGCCUCUCUGUUUCUGGGCUCCUGGUUGUCACCGCCCCUCGUUCACAGUCUCAGUGUGAGUUUUCUUUUUGCUUGGUCUCGAUUGUUGACGCUAAGCUUUGUGAUAGAGUCCAAACAGGACUUGAGAUCUUCUUCCCUUUAUUCCUCCUUCAGCUGCAAACUCGCUCUCACCUCUACGAGUCUCUGGGUCUGUGGAUGAAGCACGUCUCUGAGGACAAGCUGCAGGUCUACGUGGAGAGUCUGGGUCUGCAGCAGUUCCAGGAGGAGCUUCGACCUCAGCGUUUGUCCCUGUGUCGCUCCAUGCUGCAGGGACUCGCUCAGGCCAUGGCUCUACCCAACCCCCCUAACAGCUGCUGGAGUGUCCUGAGCUCCACGGCUGAGAAGAUCUUCACCAUCCUGCCGAACCACAUCCAGGUAUGAAAAAGGAGAGAAGAGUGCAAGAGUGGCAUGACGGAUUCAAAUUUAAAUUUCACAUGUGUUAAAUGAAUUUGAAUUUGCUUUUUUUGUCUGAGAUAUUAAGAUUUUCAGUCAGAGUUGAGAAUUAAGAGUAGAAAACUGUCACAUUUAAGUAGCUGGAAUGUACAAAUGUUUGACAUGUCUGCUUGAAAUGUCACAAAAAUUCAUUAAACAUGAAACUUGUUGAUAAGUUGAAGUUAAAUCGACUCACUGAACUUGGUUUUCAUCUGAUUACAAACUCUUUACAGGAUGAAGAGGUGGAUCUGUACGUGGGAGUCACCAAAUGUCUCUCCGAGUUGUCUGAUACAGAGAUCGACCGAAUCGCUCGAGUCUCGGAGGUAACAGGUUUUUAGCUUUCGUCAUUGACUCGUCUUCAUCAACAUUUAUCCUCAUCCUCUUCAUUAACCAAACCCGCUCCUCUCCUUUCAGAGUCAGAUGGAGAAGACCUGCUUCAUCCUCUCCUAUCUGACCUCUCAGGGCAGAGUCCCCCUCCUCAGUCUCAAUGACGUCAUAGCCGGCGUGCUCCGCGGUUGGUCGAACGGCAGGGUCGGCUGGCUCCUCCUGCAGACGUUUUACCAGUGUCGACUGGCGGCGAACGCCAACACGGGUCAGACACAGAGUCAUGAGUCAGUCAGUUCUACCCAAAAUUCCUUAGAGAAUGUCCUCUCUGACCCGUUUGUGAAUUUCAGGCGUUCUGAAGCGGAUGGAGUGGCUACUGGAGCUGAUGGGACACAUCCGAAAUGUUGCAUAUGGAGCAACCUCGGUCACAUGUGAAGACACUAAAGUGGUUUGUUUCUCUUCCUCUUACAGACUUUUAUUAAAAUGUCACAUAAAAUUAAAAAGGCACACACUGACUCCAGAGUUUAACACGUAUGAUGAAAUUCGUUUUGUCAGUUGUGAAGCUUUUUAAUUAGGACAUAUUGCUGAAGAUGUUUCUGGAGUUAGGCAAAUACAGAGAGGUGGGAAAACCUGUGUUAUUCCUGUGUUGUUGUCGCACGUCUUUGGAAAACUUCCCUUUUGUGAAAGUAAGAUCUGUUUUAACACGUCAGCAAGAGUUUGGAGCUCCAUGGGCUAACGCUGUCAUUCCUGAGGUUUGGCCUCAGCUGCACUCAGCAGGGCGUGCUCUGAAACAUAAUCGAUCUGCAAACAGGUUUGAAACUGGUUUGCGGUUUUAUUUGAUUCACUUCUUUCACAUUUAUACAGACAGAAGCACAAACAGGUAGAGAUGAUACAAAGGAACCAUGUAACAUCAGCUUAGUUUAGAAAUAACCCACCUCAUCACAUUUACAGUGAUUUCUUUAACUGUUUCCAUCCUUUCACUGAGGUUUGAAGACAGUUUAUCUUUUCUACAGCUUAUAGGAGAGAGAUUCAUUCAGCCGGUAAAUAAAACUGCAGCUCCUGAAUGAGUCAGUUAGUUUUUAUUCUGUAAAUGUGACAAAAAAAACUUUGGAGAGCUUUUAUGAAGUCGGAAAUUCUGAUUUAAAAAAAAAAAAAAAGUUUUUCUCUGAUCAAAAAUCACAAUUUUUUCAUCUCCUCUACAGGCUACAGACUUUCUCUUCCAGGUCUUCACUGCUGCCGUCGUCUCCUGGGGCGACCACUUCAUGCCCCUCUUGUUCGGCAUCAGGGACAGGUGGUUUCCAUGGCAACCGGGGUCAAAGCCCCAAACUCUGCAGCACAGUCUGUACGGCAGCAGCGAGGAGUCCUUCACCGAGCGCGCUCUGCCCCAGUGUAUGCUGGGAGUGUCCCACAGCCUGCUCAUGCUGCUGGAUAAAGAGCCUUGGAGCGGCCAGAAAACAAAGGUUUCACAUGUUUUUGAUGGUCUGAAUUUAAAGCAGAUUUUUGGAGUAAACUGAUGCUAAUGAGAAUGACUGUGUUUCAGUUCAUAGAUUGGCUCCUCAGCAUCACUGAAGGUCCUGAACAGAGUCUGUCUGCAUCAACCAUUGACACCGCCAAAGGUAACAAAAAUAACCCCACAGAGACACAGCGAGGUUUUCCGGUUGUUAGACUUGUCUUAGUGUGUCUGACAUAAAGCUGGGAGAGAAUGAGCAUCUUGAUCAUGGUUGUCCAUCAGAUGCAAGUGAGUUUGGACUUUUGAGUGUGAGAUGAUUGUGCAGAUUUGAGCGUUCAUGCUCAGAUGCUUCUAUUGCAGGUUGUUGGAAAUGCCUUUUGAAGUGGAGAUUUUUGCUUAGUCUGUCAAAUUCAACACAUUGUUUGGUAUUUGUUACACAAGAGUGACGAUGAGUGAUAUCCACCCUUUAAACACGCCACCCCUUACUCUCACCAGGGGGUCUUCUUUAUUCAAUCAGUGCGUAGAAUCCAUCAAAGACACAGUAAUGUUAUUCACCAAAAAUAAUUAAUGCAAUAUGCACACAUAGAUCAGCCUCAUAUCCUCCCUCUACUCACCCACAUCUGGUCAAGGAUGUUCAAUAAACAGUAUUUAAGGAUAUAUCUAAUAACGCUGACUUUGUUCUUUGCUGCUUUUAAUGCAUUUUGAUAUGAAGUGGGGACAAACUGACUUCAAGCUGAGUGUUUAUCUCUUUAUGACUAAGUCUAUGAGAAACAGUUCACUAAAGCCACCUGCAAAAACACUCAGCUUAACCCCCCUUUCCUCCAACAUGUGCAGACUGGUCGGUCUGACUUUUCCAUCAGUUUUUAAAAACUGCAAAUGUCUUUAUCAGGACAACACAGUAAAACCUUCAAAAGCAUCCUCCAUAUCUCUUCCUACAGUUUAAAAAAUCUUCCUGUUUCAUUGUUUCAGCUGCUCUGUUGGCCCUGAGGUCCUCUUCCGAGUUCAAGAAGAAAGCUGUGUGGACCAGAGUGUAUGGAUGGUAGCCCAGAGGGACCGAGACAAACUGUUACCAUGGCCACACUAAACAGGUUCUUCACCAAAUCAUGGGGGGAGCUUUGAAAUGGACUCCAUAUAUGUAUUUUCUGACAUUGUUACAGGGAUGGUUCUCUGCAGCACCAUGCACUCUGCUUUACUCCGUCACAGCUGUUUACACCCAUUAAAAAAGUCAAGUUUUGUAAAAUA